AUGUCUCGCUAUGGCAAGUUUGACGACUUCUGUCGGGACACGGGCAACAACUGGAGUACACUGCCAGUCUGUUAUCUCUUCAACCCAGCUUCGACACAAGACGACAACGGAUGGCAAGAUGGCUGCACUCUGCAAGGCUUCUCUGUCGGUGGAGGUGACAGGCUGCGCAAUCUGGGGUCGAUAAUACUAUGCGGCAUCGCAAUCCUCACCACGCUGUUCCUGCUAUGGAGAUCGCAAAGAAAGAAGGCUGCUGUUGGACGCAGAGAAAUGCAGCUCUUCCUCCUCGGCUACAUCGUCAUGUCCAUUUGCGAAAUCUUUACUAUUGGCGGAUUCCCCCUCAAUGACACUGUGCGCAUUGUUUUUGUAGCUGUCCACAUCGCUGCCAUCACCGCUACGUCUUGGAUCCUCAUGCUCAAUGGCGCUGUUGGCUACCAACUACUUGACGACGGCACUGCAGUAUCCAUUGGUCUGCUCCUAAUCUCGUCGCUUAUAAUCUUCAUUGGCACCGGUUACAUCGCCCUUGACACUGGACUCAGCUGGACGGGUUACUGGGACGACACUCGCUUCGUGCCAAACCAGGCCUACGCUCUGUACACCCUUUACCAACUUGUACCACUGGUCUUCAUUGUCAUCUUCUUCUGCCUAGAGGCUUUCCUGGUGCUACGCAUUCUCGGCGAGCGCAAACCUAUGCUAUAUCUGCUCGCGGCUGCCAUUCUCUUUGCUAUCGGUCAAGUUUUCCAAUAUGUCAUCAGCGUCCAUAUCUGCAACGGCACCGACGGAAAGAUCAACGGCGGCCUAUUCUCAACACUCUUCACCCUCUUAUCGGUAGUAAUGAUCUGGGUGUUCUGGUCGAGCAUCACUGAAGACGACUGGCCAAUGCCAACUGUUGCCGGCUCCAGCGCGUAUAAUUAG